UACAUUGUCAUGCAUACUUUUAUUAAGGGAUUAUGCUAUGCAGAGCUAUUAUUCCAUAAAUUCUAAAUUUGAAUGUAUGUUUCUUUCUCUCAACAUUGAAAUUCUGACUUCCAUAUCAUGUAUUACUCAAGAAACCCCACAAGGUAUGAGACAUAAGGCCGACUUUGCAUUAUGACAUUUGGGUGAGAUCUUGAAUGAGUCACUGAGUUGUAUGGAUCCCUUUGUGAUUUACCUCAUGUAGAGUUUUGUUUCCCCUCAAUGCUUACAAGCGCAUAUCUUGGGUUUUACUAACAGCAUUGAUAGCUAUGGUGACGUUAGUGAUCCACUGCCAGAUGGCAUUGUGGGUCAAUAUAAAGUGAAAUUUAGGAUUACCAAAGUAUGUCAGAUUAUUGUCAUGCAGUGAUUUUUAAAAAGACUGGCAGUUUAAGCUUUUGCAGAUUCCAAAUAAUACUGAAUGUUAUGUUUUUACACACGUGUUCAGUUUAAGAGAAUUAUUGUAUUGACUUAUUUAAAAAAAAAAAAGAUUCAUCACGUGCCCUUUUUUAUAUUAUGAAAAUUUGAAAACGUUCUGAAAUCCAGCUAUAUUGGGACACUGAGUUUGUUGUUAUUGUUCACUGUUGUGUUACAUUUAUCAAAUCUUUUACCUGAAUAAUUUUGAGUUAUGUACAUUGCUGGAGUCUCAUAGGGAAUGAAAUGAAAAGAGUGAAAGUCAGUAUAUGUUAACUUAAUUUGUAUGAAUACGUUUUGUCAAAAGUGUUUGGACUGUGUAUCUGUAUCUUACCCUCAGUCAUUAGUACCUGAACCAAUCAGUCAAAACAUCGACGAUUGUGUCGCUGCCCAAAUGUACAAUAUAUGGAACUUUAGCUGUUAUGCCGUGCCAUUGUUCAUAUUGUUAUCUUGGGCCACGAUUUACUGUCCUCUCAUGAAGACUGUUAAGGAUUCUCCAAUAAGAGCUCUCGUUCUAAGGAUAGAAAAAGGUUGUCGUGAAGAAUCUUUUCUCUCUAAUGCUUGAAUUUACGAGGAGCCAGUGAAUGGAGCAGCCGAAACUCAAAAAGGACCCUCCUGCCUGUGUCCGAAGUGCCUUUGGACAUGUCUGCUCGGGCACACAAUAGACCUGUGCUGCUUAUGGAGACCGCCUCCCAACUGGCACCUCCGCAGACUGAAAGGAUGGCUAAAAUGUAUAAUUGGAUUAACUUGAUGCGACUUGGUGUACUGCGCACAUCUCGCCUGAAGUGGAAGCUUGUUUGCAGAGUUGUACAUGCUGACUGCAGCACUUACUACCUACUACUUUGUUCCCAUUCUUCUUGUUCAAUCAUUGCUCUGUUGUAGCUGUAAUUUCCCCAGAAAACAUUGCUAUCACGUAAGCUUAUUUGGUGGUUGCUUCUGUCUCCGUUUGAGCUGAAACAGUAGGUUUGUAAGCUAGGCCACAUUAUGUUUUGAUUUCAUGCCCUGCUUUGUGUCUAGUAGCAUGCCACGUUUGUAUCUUUAAUUGCUAGUUUUGAAAUCUGUAGAUUUGGGGAACUUCAGACCGGCUGGUUUUUUGUGUGUGCACUGACGCAGUCAACUGUCACUGUACAAGAGGAAGGAUCCUAACCUUUGGGCUUGUAUUGGACUGUUGGGAGCUUGUUACCACCUCCAUUGUACCACUUCCUGCCACUUUAUAAGUUCAUUCUUUGAUGAUGAUGUUUUUUUUGAGCUCCAGAGGAAGCACUUACUGUAUUUGUCUAUUGCAUUAUUGCUGCUACUAUCAGCAUGUCUGGGCCUUCUUCCCAGGUUGUCAUGUUAAUAAAUAUUAGUUUACUAAACCCUCAACAGGAACUUUGCGCAUAUUUUCACAUUUCUACGGAUCAACGGAAAAGACUAUAAGAAUACUACAUGCUCUUGCCACAUUUCACACUGUAUUUUUCUGUCCUCGAGGUAGAUUGAGAAGCCAGCAGCCUGCUUUUUGAGUAAUUACAUUUGCCGUCUACUGAACCCACUUACAACCUUCUUUUUUGCCCCCUCCCCUCCCAAGGAGAUUAGCUCUGUGUAAUUUGUUAAAUGUGAUAAGGUAGUGGUUGGUGCAAUUAAGAAAGCAUGGCAUAAGCUGGGAUUUGUUGUGUAUAUUAAGGCGGUGGUGAAUGCAGAGCUAUUGCUACUCCGUUACAGAAUGGGUCAAGCUGCUACCUUGCCUUGUAGGAGAGGGGAGUCUUAUGUUACAGACCUGUACGAAUGGUUCAGAAAGUUUAUUAAUGAAUGUCCAAGUGGGCUGAUCACUCUUCAUGAGUUUCAAAGACAUUUCUGCAAUGGAACAGUGGGCAGUGAGUCGGCUGAGUACGCAGAACAGAUAUUCCGCACACUGGACAGUAAUGAGGAUGGGGUGGUUGAUUUCAGGGAGUACGUCAUGGCCAUCAGCAUGCUUAUUGAAGGUUCAGCUGUGGAGAAGCUGCGGUGGUCUUUUAAGCUGUAUGACAAAGACAGAGAUGGAGCCAUUACAAAGGAGGAAAUGCUGGAGAUCAUGCAGGCUGUUUAUAAGAUGAGCGAAGCAGCUGCUUUAACCAAACCCAGCCCACUUACAGCUGAAGAAUGUACCAACAGGAUAUUUGUGCGAUUAGAUAAAGACAAUAACGCCGUCAUCAGUCUGGAGGAGUUCAUAGGGGGAGCGCUGGAUGAUGAUUGGAUCAGGGAGAUGCUGGAAUGUGACCCCAGCACUGUGAAGGUGGAGAGGCCCCUGAGGAGGGACACCAUUUUGGGGAGCCAUGGUUGACCUGAAGUGGGGGAAUCCUAUUCAGUGGGAGCGGGGAAAUUAACCGGUCAAUGUUUGAACUGAAAUUUCCAGGAAUCUUUGCAGCGACACAGCUUCCAUUCACUGUGAGAAAUUAUAUCACGGCCUGUUUAGUACCUUCAAGGUAGAUGCUGCUGAGCACUAAAAAAUUUACUUAUUUUUAAUAAAUAUGAAAUCGCAAUAGGAAAUUCCUUUUUCUUUUUUUUGCCUUGUUGCUUUAUUUUGUAUCGUUUUUCUUCUGUUGUUUGGAUCAGUGCUUUGUGUAAUAGUAGUAGUUAU